GGCGACUUUGGCGGCAGCCCGGUACCAGCACCGCCUGGUUCUGGUUCUGGUGCUUGUGAAAGGACAGUGGUUUACGGUUCCGACUUGGAGUUGCGUCAAAUCUUGGAAGCUGGUGGAAGUCGGUGGGUGGCCGCUGGCACCAGGGCUACUGGGGAAGGUGGUGAUCGCGCCUGCCGGAACGGAAAGGCGGUCAGUGCGGAUUGAGUCUAUUUAUUGAGGCUGACUUGCGCAUGCUCCAGCGCUCCUCAUCGACAACAUGACCAAGGCGCGCCACGAAAGCACGCAACUUCUGCAAUUGGAGGUUGUGCAAGGGACAGAUCCUUCCAACAACAAUGUCAUCCGUGCACAUGCCGCAAUCAGCACCCCAAAGAUCGCCUGCUUCGCCUAUGCUACUUCCGAGUUUCUGUACCUCUGCGUGAAGCCCGCGGCGCAAACAGCGGCCACGCGGCAGAUCCCAUGGUUCAAUGAAGAGGGUAUGACCAUUCUUCACCUUGCUCUCAACUCCUCUGGGGAAUACGUCGUGGCCAUUACAAAAAAUUCCAGCUUGGUUAUUGUCCCUGUGGCACCGCUCUUGGCACCACUCGUCCAUGCCGGACCUGCGGUGGGCCUGCCUCGUCAACCCUUUCGCUGGCCCCAUGGCCUCUCUCUUCCCCCCUUCUCUUUUCCCGGCGACGACGUCAAGUGUCUUGCGCCCGAUAAAACCCUGAACGGCUCGAGCUGCUUGGCAGUAUGGGAGCCUGUGCCUGGUUUUCAUGCUUAUGCCAUCGUGGGCGGUGCCUCCAACUUGCACUUUGUUCAUCUCGAAUCGCGUCAAGUCUUUUCAGUUCGCACCUUUAGUCCUAAACAAGAGAUUGAGGACAUGCGCGUCAUCUACUCGGCUCACGAUGAUGGCCGCGCACACCUCGUCUGGCGUCAGGGCCAGACAUUUGGUCACAUGCUUCUCCAGUAUCGCUCCUUCAACUCCGAAGGUGAAAUGCAGCUUCACACAAUCAUUGAUGAUUACGGUGGUGUUCCCUACAUGAAGCCCACCAAGACCACCUGCAAAGCCUCCCAUGGGCCCAGCCUCCAGUACUUCCAGUCGGAGGAGGCCAUCAGCGAGGAUAGCGACGCGCCGUUUCAGGAGAGCGGCACCGGUGCUGGGACCCAGCCCGCCCGCAUCGUGGCCAUAGACAUGCACCAGAAUCGCGCCUCCAUUUAUGGGGAUCUCAACAUGUUUCAAGAGGCUUUUCGCUUGCAGCUCCCCACUGGUGUCAAGGCCAUCAGCUUUAGCAAGCUCAUUGCGGCCGCUGUUGUGGCCAAUGACCAUGGCGAGUAUCGGAUCCAGCUUCUCUUGAAUGCCUGGCUGACAAAGACCAGCACGGCACAGGAUUCACCCAACCUCGGUAGCUCGCAUCAGGCAUCACAAGAUGCUGAAACCAUCUUCUCGGAGGAGGUCCUCCCCGCUGGAUGGACCGAUCCACUCAUGGUGGUGCCAGAUCGCAGCCAGCCACCGGAUCGAGCCUUCUUCAUCAUGUUUCCUGAAGGAUUGCAACACGUGCAGAUUAUUCAAGAUUUCGAUGAGCUGUGUCUUGAACGCCUUCGCGCCGGCGAGGAUGCCAGCCGCCUUCUUUUUGCACUUUCCCGCACAUCCAACGAAAUUUAUGCGCGAGCUGCCCAACAAUGCAUCGCCUCGGGGCAGUACGCGCAAGGCCUGGAAUACUUUCUCAAGCAAGGCGCCAAUAACCCCAUGGGCAUCAUUCACCUCUUUGUUGAGCAUGGUAGUGCCUUUGACUUGCUUUCGCAGCCAAAACAUGAACUGCCACAGACGCGCAUGCACUCACACACGCUCACUUGCUGCUUCAAUGGUGGCUCUGAGCGAGGGCGUACUGGAUCUCAUGCGCACGACGCCUUUGGUCGCGUACCCGCCGACAAGCCCAUGUCAGAGGCUGAGAUCUUAGAACACGCCCAGGACUUUGCACGAGACAACUGGGACUACAAUCCCUCAACCUCAUUUGCGCUGGCAAUUCAGAGUGGACUGCAUGGCUAUGGGCUACGCAUCGCCCACGCGCGCUCCAUGCUGGACGAGGCGUUGCGUCAUGUGAUCAAGGCCAAUCAAGUGCCGCCCGAGCAGCAAGCCGUUGAUUUUUUGAUCGAGCAAGAGCUUACACGCUCGAUCACCGAGAUGCUUGAUGGCCAUUUGCUCAGAAGCCUGCAUCCCGAUGACAUUGUCCGGCUUUUGACCUCAGAACCCAAAAUGUUUCGCGAAUGCACGGUCUUUGUGCGACCCGUUUUGCACGAGCUGUCAUUGGCAUCAUUGGAAAGCCUUUUAGCCUAUCUCAAUCCGGCACGCUUUCACAUCAACGCUAUCUUACAACGCGCGCAAGAAGAGGAGCUUGAGGGCGGUAGUGCUGAAGCAGAUGAGCCUCGAUUUGCCAGAUGCCUGAUGCAAUUGUUUGCCACUGCUCUUCUUCUGUUACAUAAACAUCGCUUAGCCGGGGCUGCUUCUGAGCGCGAAUACCUCGAGCUGUGUCCUUGGCACCGCGAACCACACAAUGCCGUGCGGAACGCAUUUGUGGAACGAACAAGCCAUCAUGGCUCUGACUUGACUGCCAGCCCUCUCUUGGGGUCUCUUGAUGAUGACGCGCUCUCCGACGAUGAGGAGCAACGUUAUCAGCGCUUUGGUGAUUUGGGCUUGGGAGGCGAGUUGUACGUGUGGGGAACUGGUGAGGAUGGCCGGCUUGGGCUCGGCGAAUUUUUCGUGGAUCAGCACUUGGCGCAACCCAUGCAUGUUAUCCGACCUUUGCGGUCGCAUGACACCUGGAAGGUCUUGAGCGUGAGCUGUGGGCAGGAUUUCAGCACAGCCAUCACCUCGGGCGGCAUAUACACUUGGGGUAACAACCAACACGGCCAGAGCGUGGAAGGUUUAUGGGGCUGGGGCAAUAAUGACCACGGACAGCUGGCCUUGCCUCACUAUGCCAAUGUGGCGAGCCCCAAGCGCCUCAUGGCCAUCGAACGUCUGAGCCCUGAAGUCUUGGUAGCCGGUGCCUAUCACACCGCCUUUAUCACGCAGCAGGGCAAAGCGUUUGCGUGUGGCCGCGGCUGUGAGGGACAGUUGUUUAAUACCGUUGCCGUUGAGAGGCAGCAUGAACCACAGCCCAUCUUCAUCCCAGAGGAUGGGACGCCAAUUCGUCUUUUGGCAGCCGGAGCAUUUUGUACCAUUCUCGUCUCUCAUGGUCAUCGCUCAUGGCUCUCGGGCGAAUUGCGGGCUAUUGAUGUCACAACCAAACAUGCACCUAGGCGGUCCAAGCUCGCAGAAAAGGCAGCACCUUUGCCGGGUCCGCGAUGUUUGGAUAGCGGAACGGUGGACAUUGCUGCAAUUGAUGCGAUUGAAGCCCACACCCAGCAUGCCAUUGCUUUGUUGGAGGAGGGCUCUUUGGCCGCGCUGGGUUCCAACUCGAGUGCAGCCAUGGGGUUAGCCAGCAACGGUGUCUUUGCGACAUGGCAGCCCAUUCCCAAUUUGAAGACUUGCUUUCAAGACAUUGGGGUGGGCGAGACGUUCAGUGUAGCCAUUGACAACGAUGGGCGGGUCUGGUCUUGGGGUACAGGUCGAUUUGGCGAGCUGGGAACCAACGAGCUUCAAGCACAGCGGCAAUAUCCGAGCGUCAUUCCGGACAUUGACGCUCAGAAUCAAUUUUCGCUGCAGUCUGAUCUUUCCGAUGCAUCCAACGUUGCCUUGGGCCGGACUUGCAUGCCAGCAGGGCUGCGGCGAAAGCGGGCUAUUUCAGCAAAACAGACGGUCAAGCGAACGACGCCCCAAAGAGCGCAGCACCCGGCGUUGGCCGUACUUGCACGCUUGGAUGCAGCAAAAGCCUUUGCUACCGACUUUCCUGAUUCAAGCAUCAGCGCUGUGGCAGAUCGUUACUACACUGAAGUGCUUUUGCCUUACGUGGAGUUGAUCCGCACGCCGCCGCCUGGCUUGCAGCAAGACCUCGACAACGUUGCAGCUUUCAAAGAGCCCGUUUUCUUUGAUGCCAUCUUGGAUGCUUUGGAGGAGCUGCCUGUGAGCGACGUCGUUAUCAAUCAACUCGUGGAGGCGCUGGCUGCCAUGGAGCCUCAGAUCACCACGACGCAAUUGGUGCAGCACCCGACACUCGUGGCCCGAACCAGCAUUGACCUUAAAAUGCAGCUUUCGACUUUGCUCCUCAGUCAAACAAACGCGUUUGUUCAGACACAGCAGGAGCAGGACAGCCGGGCCCAGGUUGUGCGAAAUAUCCUGGACAACGUGCACAAGGCUAUCGUGGCGCGACCGGGACUGUCAUUGAGUCAUGGCGCUGCCUAUGCCUUACAAGACGCAGGCCGGGGCGAGGUCACGGCUGGUCGAGCUGAUGUGGUUAUUUUCUCUUGCGGCCAUCAUUUUCCCAAGCAAGGGUUCGAUGCUCAAGUGCUGCAACGCUUUGCCCGAGAGGUUCAGCAAUCGUCUUCCGGAGCUGGCGCUCUCUGGGCCAACGUAUUGCGAAAAGAGUAUCAAAAGUCGGCGGGCCUCAUUCAGUUGGCAUGUCCCAACUGCGUCCUUUCCACUUUGAGUUCGUGA